CCCUUAAGACGGCGGUGGCGGGCGCGCGCGGGCCGCAGAGCGCCGCCCGCAGCCAUGAGCGUGCCCAUCGCCAAGUCCUUCUACGACCUCAGCGCCACCUCCUUGCAAGGGGAGAAGGUGGAUUUCAACAACUUUCGGGGCCGUGUGGUCCUCAUUGAGAACGUGGCAUCGCUCUGAGGCACCACCGUGCGGGACUACACCCAGCUCAACCAGCUGCAGGCCCGCUACCCCCGGCGGCUGGUUGUGCUGGGCUUCCCGUGCAACCAAUUCGGCUACCAGGUAAACCCCCAGCGCAUCCCUACGCGGCCCCGAGAACCGCUCCGCAUCUGGCCCAAGGGGUGGAGAAUCAGCUGGGGAGGGUAG